AUGACUGACGGCUCCAAAUUCCAAGUGCUCUCGUUUAAUGGGUCUGAUGCGGAACUACACUCCGUGAAGAAGCGCAGGUUCCAUCAAAAGGUUACAUCCGGCUGCUUGUGCUGUAGGAAGAAAAAAGUCAAGUGUGACGAGCUGAAGCCUGUUUGCUCCAGGUGCUCCAGGAACGGGAGACUGUGUGAAUAUGGGGGACACGAAGACAGAAAUAAAAGCGUCGCGAAGCGGACCCAACAACUCUCGCUGUCGUACUUGAGUGCCAUUACCUUGAUACCUUUCCCAGCAUCAAGCUCGCCCGAUGGCACUCCGACUGUACAUCUCAUUCAAUACCUUUUGCAAAACUGGACAAAUGUCACGAACAUCGACUGCCGUGCAGAAACCAAGGACCUUUUCAAAUCUGACCCGACUGUGCGUGCCGUUAUGCUGGCCUUGACAGCCACUCACAUCCGUCAGCGAGUCCCAGCUCAUCGUGCGCAUUGCAUUGCCGAAUUGUUUCACAGGUCCCUGGCCCUCGAGAAAUAUAGAGAGCACCUUCAAGCACUUAAGCGUGUACCGGAUCAGAAAGGCGUAAACUCUUUGUUCAUAAGCGCCACGUUUCUCAAUCUGCUGACAUUUGCACACCAUGAGUCUGAAACACUUCCUGCCCAACAGAUCAUGGAUGCUGAGUCUUCUUGGCUAUUCAGUCCACGGGAGGACCGGUUGAACUGGCUAGUACUACAAACCGGUCUUCGUCCGCUCAUGCUAUCUAUGAAUGAAUACUUCACAGAGGGUGCCAAAUUCACUAGCAUGAUCUUCACUGGCAAAUACACAGAUCGUUGGACAUUCGCUCAUCUCAUCGAGAGCCUGGAAGGUGUCCCUGGUCAUUGGAUAGAGUUUUUUGGACUGGUAUCCUCAACCAGAGGUUGCGAGUGCAACGGUCUAGGUGACGCAUAUCGCGCCCCAGCCACCAUUCUCGCAACCGUGGGACACCUUGAGCCCAACAGGUACAAUUUAUUCCGGAACUUGUUGUUUCUUGGAAAGUUGCAAGGGGAUUUUCAUUCUCUUGUCUAUCAACGAGAUGAGCGGGCACUGUGGCUCUUUGGCUACUGGCUAGCUAUUAUGCUGAGGUAUGGCCUGUGGUGGUGUGAAAGCCGUGCCAAGCAGGACCUCGAGGCUAUAUGGAAAUGGCUACAUAUGCGGCGACUCAUACAUCGACAGGGCCGCGAGGGGGGGUUGUGGACGAUUAUGAUGAAGGAGCUUGAGCGGAUGAAGAACUCAUCGUUGCCUUAA